CUAUUUUUGGUGAAAAUUCCCGGUAAGUUUUGAUUUAGAAUUAGAGUUCGAAGACGAACAACAUUUUGCUGCGGUUUUGCCUGUAAUUGUGGAUUUCUUUUCUCAAAGCUUCACCAUGACGUCGCAUGCUGAUAUGACUGGGAGCGUGAUGGGGACCGUUGCAGACCAAGAGAUCGCCAAUCUCUCCAGUAAGCUGAGCCAGGUCAGUGAUAAGUUCAUCAACCAAUGGACCGGCGUAAACCUUCUCCAGCAUCUAAAGCACAAUGAAGGACAACUACGACAGUUCAUCAAACAAGCGGAAGAUCAAAUUGAAAGUUUGAAAGGAGAAAUGGUAGCAUUAAAACAGCAAGCUUCCAGCAGUCAGUUAGCUGUGGCAAAUCAAGAGUCGCAAGCCAAGGACAUUGAGAAGGCUAUUGAACAAGCCCGUACUACAACGGAGCAGCUACUCUUCCAGAAAGAGCAAUGGGAAAAACAGCUGGUGGAAGAGACUAAGCAGUGCCAAGAACAGAAAGAAUUAAUUGAAGCCCAAGAGCGAGCAACCAGACAGAGGCUUGAAGCACUGAAUAAAGCUGAGCAUUACUUCAAGGACAUCAUGGCUUUAGAGUUCAGGAAGAUCGAUGGUGAUCAUCUGCAGUUUGUCUUCACUAACGUGGACUCUAAGAACCAUGAUAGGAGCUUCUAUCUCACAAUCAAAAUUGAUAACAGCCAAUAUCAAGUGACCGACUGCUGCCCAGCUAUCGAUGGAAUUCCAGAGAUGGUCGCAGGGCUCAACAAGUCCAACAACCUCAUGAAGUUUGUUGUGGAAGCGAGGAAAAAGUUCAAGCUUACAACAACCUGAAAUCAGCAUUGGAUUCUUUCGUAAUGAAAGAAUGGUGAAUCUUAUUUAUAUUUCACCACAUAACAUAUGUUUUUGAAAAUAUCUAACUUUAUAGAUACUCUAAUAACUUCUCAUAUAAUUUUUUUUCUCAAGACAUGUUCAAAAAUAAGUUUUUUAAAUGCCUAUUUAGAUUUGUCUGUACAGGUACUGCUGGUAUGACCAGCUGUAGAAAAUUAUUUAAACCUGAAAUGAUAAUUCCAUUCAAUUGCACACUUAUUUUUGUUUUUAAAUGAAUUAAGUAAACAGAAAAAUGUUCAAUGCUUGAGUUAUAUUUAAUUGCAAAUUCCUGUAUGCACCAACACUGCUUUCUUUAUAGAGACUUGAAAGAUAAUUUGCUAUACUUGAAGAGGAAAACAGAAGCUGUUGAGUCUUUGCCUACAUAUUAGAAAGUGUAUGAGCUUUACUUGUAGAAUGAAACUACAUCUGAUGCAUUUAUAUGUUUUUGUGUGUUUCUGUACAUGAAAGACCAAGAUAAAAUGUAGUCAAACUUGUUGGCCAGAAUCAUGAAUCCACAAUAGUGAAUAACCUUGGGUUGUUCUAUUUUAUGUAUCCAAUAAUCAAUAUCAUACUAAUGUUGCUUAAAAGUGACAUAAUUUAGGAGAGAAUGAAAUGAUUUCAAAAAUGAUUAUGUAUAGUCAAAUUGUUGACUUUUUUUAUCCAGGCUUCCUCACAUAUUUCUAGCUGCAUUUGGGCAGAUGGAUUAUGUAAUAUAGCUAAUAUAUCUUGGGUAAAUAAAGAUGGAUUCUAAACUUUCCCCAAUCUCACUGAUAAAAUUCUUAUAGUUAACCCAUGGAUAGUCAUUAAGGCUCGUUGACUACUAAAAAGAAAUUAUUCGACAAUAGAUCAAUUCAUAUCAACCAUUGUAUUAAAUAAAAUUGAAGAUUUUUUUUUAAAUACUUGUAAAAAUUGUAUAUACAUUGUAUAUACAUUGUAUAUGCUUGUAAAUGAAAAAUGUUUGUAUAUGCAUAAUACACAUGUAGUUAAUGUGCUUAUCAAAAACACCUUUGAAUGUUGUAUAAUAUAUGUAUACGGUACUUCUCAAAAUAUUUGUACAUUGUAUCUUUAUUACAAAUAAAACAAU